AUGUACGAGUGGUCAAAAAAACACCAGGUGUUGCGUCUUAUCGCCAUUGAAAUCAUCCUGAUGGUGGUUAUGGGAUUAUUCACAAGCUACGGACCCGAGGCGGUGCCGCAAACUAGUAGAUCAUCGGUCAAGGGUAACGGAGUGUCCACCUCUACGCCCAAGUCCAAUAUUUUACAAAAAGACACAUCUGUCCAUCUUUAUGCUAUGUACCAAGAUGUUCACGUGAUGAUAUGGGUUGGUUUUGGCUUCUUGAUGACAUUUCUCAAACGUUAUGGAUACAGUGCUGUAGGAUUAACGUUUCUCGUUGGAGCGAUUCUUGUUCAAGUCGCUAUACUUUUCGAUGGAGUCGCUAACAUUGACAAGAAUGGCAAAGUACCACUUUCUUUAACUGGACUUCUAAAUGCCGAUGUUGCUGUUGCCGCUCCACUGAUUUCAAUGGGGGCAGUUCUAGGGAAAACUACUUACAUGCAGCUAAUUGUGAUGGGAAUUAUCGAGUUGGCAAUUUUUUCUGUCAACAAAUAUAUUGGAGAACAUAUUUUUAUGGCAAUUGACGCUGGAGGAAGUAUGUUUGUUCAUGUAUUUGGUGCGUACUUUGGUUUAGCUGUCAGCUUCGCUUUUGGCGUUAAAGAAAAACCCAAGGAACAUCAUCUAGAGGGAUCAAAUUAUCAAUCUGACAUAUUUGCAAUGAUUGGUACAAUUUUUCUGUGGCUCUUUUGGCCUUCCUUUAAUAGCGCUUUAUUGCAGGGCGACGAUCAACAGCGAGCUAUCAUAAAUACGUUGCUUGCAAUAACAGCUAGCUGCGUAGUAGCAUUUGCUACUUCAGCUUUAGUUUCGGAUGAACAUAAAUUUAACAUGGUUCAUGUACAAAAUUCAACACUGGCGGGCGGAGUUGCAAUCGGAACAGCUGCGGGAAUGAUGUGUGAACCCAUUUUAGCAUUAAUUGUGGGUGGUUUUGCGGGAAGUCUAAGCGUUUUUGGAUACAAAUAUCUCACUCCACUGAUACAAAAAAAAUUAAGAAUCCACGAUACAUGUGGUGUCCAUAAUCUUCAUGGUAUGCCGGGAGUAGUUGCGGGAAUAUUUGGAGUUUUGAUGGCUGCAAUUGCUUCUGAAGAUAAAUACAGUGAUUCACUUUAUCAGAUAUUCCCGGCGAGAGCUCCAAGUGGAGGUGAGAGACUCAUCGAAUUAAAAGAAUUAGGAAUUGAUGCUGGAUUUGAUAGGACAGCUGGUCAUCAAGCUGCUUACCAGUUACUCGCAUUAAUCAUUACAUUUAUAGCUGCUAUUGUUUCUGGCGUAAUUACUGGUGUUAUUUUACGUCUUGAUAUUUGUGGUACAGUACCCGAAGUCAAUAAAUUUAAUGAUGCAUUUAUUUGGGAACUCGAAGAUGAAGCACAAGAAAAUAAUUCUAGAGUCGUAGAACAAGUUCCCAUGAGCCAUAUAUAA